GUAAAACCGUUAUGCAAGGAACAAAUGAUACCGGCAGUUAAUGGAAGUCUUCCCGGUCCAACGAUCAACGUUAGAGAAGGCGACACUCUUGUGGUUCAUGUCAUUAACAAUUCAACUUACAAUGUAACCAUCCACUGGCAUGGAGUUUUCCAGCUGAAGAGCGUAUGGAUGGAUGGCGCGAAUAUGAUAACUCAAUGUCCGAUUCAACCUAGUUACAACUUCACAUAUCAAUUCGAUAUCACCGGACAAGAAGGUACAUUGUUGUGGCAUGCACACGUCGUUAAUCUGCGUGCCACUCUUCAUGGUGCUCUAGUCAUCCGUCCCCGAUCCGGCCGUCCUUAUCCUUUUCCUAAACCCUACGAGGAAGUUCCUCUCAUUUUUCAACAAUGGUGGGACACAGAUGUUAGACUUCUCGAAAUACGGCCAGCUCCGGUUUCUGAUGCUUACCUCAUGAAUGGCCUCGCUGGAGAUUCAUAUCCUUGCUCUAAGAAUAGAAUGUUUAACCUAAAGGUAGUACAAGGCAAAACAUACUUGCUAAGGAUUAUAAACGCAGCACUCAACACUCACCUCUUCUUCAAAAUAGCCAAUCACAACGUCACAGUUGUCGCUGUAGAUGCUGUCUACACGACGCGGUACCUCACCGAUGUGAUGAUCUUAACCCCGGGACAAACCGUUGACGCACUUCUCACCGCCGACCAGCCCAUUGGAAAGUACUACAUGGCCACCAUCCCUUACAUUAGUGCCAUUGGGAUACCGACCCCUGAUACCAACCCCACCAGAGGCUUAAUCGUUUACGAGGGUGCCACGUCAUCAUCGCCCGUGAAGCCGUUGAUGCCUACACCGAAUCACAUACCCACCGCUCAUAGGUUCUCCUCAAACAUCACUAGCCUCGUGGGUGGACCACACUGGACACCAGUGCCUCGCCAAAUAGACGAGAAGAUGUUCAUAACGAUGGGGCUUGGUUUAGACCCAUGUCCUUCGGACACCAAGUGUAUUGGACCGUUAGGUCAAAGAUAUGCUGGUUCUCUCAACAACCGCACUUUUAUGAUCCCAGAGAGAAUCUCUAUGCAAGAGGCUUAUUUUUACAACAUUACUGGAGUCUACACCGACGAUUUUCCCAACCAACCACCGGUUAAAUUUGAUUACACAAGAUUCGAACAGCGUACCAAUUCUGACUUCAAGAUGAUGUUUCCGGAAAGAAAGACUAGCGUCAAGACAAUUAGGUUUAAUUCUACAGUCGAGAUCGUUUUGCAAAACACCGCGAUACUCACCCGGGAGAGCCACCCCAUGCACCUUCACGGCUUCAACUUCUAUGUGUUGGGUUAUGGAUUUGGUAACUAUGAUCCUGUCCGUGAUGCAAGAAAGCUAAAUCUAUUUAACCCACAAAUGCGUAAUACCGUUGGUGUACCACCUGGUGGAUGGGUUGUCCUCAGAUUUAUCGCUAAUAAUCCUGACGCCGCCUUCUCCAAAUUUCCGAAGCAAAUGUCCGCCGACACAGGACCCGCCUCCGGCGACUCAGCUGGUUUUCCCAACGGCCUCGUAAGCCAUGGUGACUCUAAGACACGGCGCGUAUACGAAACAGCUCGAUCUCUGCAUUCCGGUGCUGUGAAAGAUCUUCUAUCUCUCGGGGUCUGCGAGAGAUGUAUUUUCCGAUUGGUAGCCGUCGAGGCUUUUGAUUCCGAUAUUUCUUCAGUCUCGACUUCAACUCUUCACAGUUGGCUCAAAUCCGGUGAUGAUGAAACUGGUUCAUCGGAAUCAAGCUGUUCCAGAAUCUGCAUUGUUUGUUUAGGUAUAUUGCAGUUCGUUUUUUCCGAUGCCAAAAAAGAGCUGGUGAAAUUGGAUUGCAGUAGUGAUUACGUUGCAAGGAUAACGGACUUGGUGAAGCAGGAUCGUCAUGAGUUCGAUAGCUUUGGUCUUGAAGUCUCUGUGCCAUCAACUAUCAUGGAGAAUGAACGUGCAGUCUUGUCAUACCUUAAAGGAAAGUAUAGCACUGAAGUUUGGCUGCAGCGCGACAAAAUUUCUGUAAAGGAUGCCUUGAAAGUUCUACUCUUGGAUCAACUUAAAGCAUCGUUGGGCGCUGAAUCAGAUUCAAGCUCUUUUCACAUCCGUUUGACAUACUCUAAAGCAUCAGACGAGGCUCAGGGUGCUUCUGAAACAACGCAUGAAAGUAAGAGGAGGAAAACAGACGCAGAGAAUGGAUCAAACUGUAUUUCCGAGAAUUCAUUUGAAAAGGUGUAUGAACCAUGCAUCUUUUCAGUUCAUUGCAACAAGAUGCCUAUCUUUUUUAGUGGGAGAUACUUUAAAUACUCCAGAAAUGUUAGUCAAUCCCGAUGGAUUAUUGAUGAUGAAAGAAUGGGCGAAGCGUCUGUUGAGGAGAUACUUGGUGGAAACAUUCUUCCAGCAUGCCUUGGGGAUUCCUACAAGUUCCAUGCAGCUGGCAGAGAAGAUAUUGAUGUACGAAUGUUGGGUUCAGGUAGACCUUUCUUGAUCGAGGUUCAGAAUUCUCGCCAGUGCCCGUCUGAACAAUCAUUGAAGGAAGUUGAAGAAAAGAUAAACAACUCAGAGAAAAAACUAGUCGGAGUAAAAGACCUUAAAUGUAUCGGAAGUCAGUGUUGGGCAAUGAUGCGUGAAGGAGAAGCAGAGAAGCAGAAGCAGUAUGUUGCACUUGUAUGGAUUUCUCGUCCACUUGAAGAGAAAGACUUCAACUCAAUUUCUUCCCUGAAAGAAUUGAAAAUCUUGCAGAAGACACCAGUAAGAGUGCUUCACCGACGAAGUCCAUUGGAUCGUGAAAAGAUUAUACAUUGGAUGAAAGUUGAAAAGAUAAAAGGACACUCUCACUACUUUCUAUUGCAUCUGUGCACCCAGGCUGGAACAUACAUCAAAGAGUUUGUUCAUGGAGAUCUUGGUCGUACCACUCCCAGCAUGGGAUCAAUUUUAGGAUGCAGAGCGGAGAUAAUACAACUAGAUGUGACUGAUGUGAAAAUGGGCGACUCAUGAAUUGCCAAGUAAAAGCCCGAUGCUCUUCCUUGCUUAAUUUGUAUCCCUUCCUUUAUUAGAUUUGUUAUUUUUUUUCUUAAAAUAUCGAUUGGUGAUAUAUACUGUAUUAAUUAUUUCAAAAGUUAUUAACCAAAUAACAAUGAAUUUGCCAU